AUGCCGCACGUAACUGCGUAUUUUGCAGCUCGGGACUACACAAAGCCUGCGAUUGACCGUCGCAUCGCCGAGCUGUUAAAAAGAAGAGUUGCUUUGGAGAAAAUACCCACCGAAAGUUUGAAAGAGCGACUUGCGAAAUUUAAGGAGAAUCGAAACGCUAGACAAGGAUUACUCAAGGCAACACAUAGACAGGUCUUGGAAGUUGCUGCCUUCAUUUUAAAUAUAGACCCUGAUACCUUGGAAGAAGGAGUUAUUGAUAAAGACGAAUAUAUCAGUGUUCUUGGUAGUUUCUUUGUUAAAGAUGGGAAACAUGCGAUUCUUAUACACUAUCAGCCAAUGGAACCACCUCCGUUUGAGUCAGGAAGGUGGAUCCCGCAAUAUGAACAAGAAACUGAAGUAAUACGUUGCUGUGUCACUGAUGGUUCUACAGAACGACUUUCUGGCAAAUGUGUUAUAGUUUACAGACUGAAAUCAGACAUUGAUUUAGAAACAAAGUAUCUUCAAGAUGAAACAUAUUAUGCAUAUGCAGAAGUUGAUCCAGUAUCUCAAAGCGCACUUGCAGCCAUAUCAGAUGUAAUUCUAAGGCUAAACUUGCCGGCAAUAAUUGUUAACAAAGUAUGGGGUGAACUGUCAAAAUCUGAAGCUGGUGACAAAGUCAUAAACAAUUUUAUUUGUGAUUUUAGAGACUUUUGUGAAUUUUUAAGCAUGACAAAGCUAGACUUAGAAAACACAAUAAGAUUUUAUACUGAUUGGGAGGUUUAUAACAAGUACUUAGCAUCACCCGAGGAUAAUAAAAAAAGUCUUCGUAAUCCAGAAGCUAUAGAAGCCAUAGAAAAUAAUGUCAAGCUAUGGAAGAAAAGUAUGGAACGGGCUGUUGUUCAGAGUCAACAAUUACGCAGAGAAACGGAAAAAAUGGGUCCAAAUGCAGAACUCGCUUAUUGGAGAAGAUUGCUUGCUCGUUUUUCAUCAAUUAUUGAACACAUUAAAUCUCCAGUCACUCAGAAAUAUAUAGAUUUCUUAACAAAAAUAAAAUCGAAACGCAUGAAAAAAUGGAGGUUGCUGGAACGUCACGUUAAAAUGAUCCAAAUUCUCGCACAAGAUAAUGUAAAAUAUUUAUAUGCGCUAGAAAAAUUUACUCAACCUUUGUACAGGCUUGAUCCAACAAAAAUAGGAGAAUAUUUGCCUCCCCUCAUGUACGUUAUACGAAUGAUAUACGCCACUUCCCGAUUUUUUAAUACCAGACGAAUGGUCACAGCGGUGUUUGUAAAAAUGACGAAUCAAAUGAUUUUAGCAUGCAAAGCAUAUUUAACGGAGGAUGGUAAGAUAAAUAUUUGGAACGAAGCAAAAUCAGUUAUGAUAUCCAAAAUAAAGGCAAAUAUUAAUUAAACAAAAUUCUAAAUAAAUCCGAUUUAUUAUGGAAUUUUCUUUACUUAGG